GAAGAAAAUGCGGAAGCAGCUAAGACCAACACGGUGAGCUCUCUCAUGUGUCUAACGUGUUUCAGGCCCUAGCUGAGGCUGGGCAGUCUUCUUCUAGAAAGGUCUACAAAGAUUCACCUCUGACGGAAGGCGGGAGCGCAGGUGAAGAGUUGUUUUUCCGCCGAGGUAAACACCCAACGUAGAAAAUGUCUGUUAUUUCUGAGGAAAAUGUUCGCGGGGAGAACCUGUUUAAGGACCUCAGCGCUGACAGGGACGACUGCGAGCCCACCGAGAUAGAGAGCAUGUGUAUGAACUGUCACCAGAACGGUAUGACUCGUUUACUCCUCACCAAGAUACCUUUCUUCAAAGAAGUCAUCGUCAGCUCCUUCAGCUGCCCUCACUGCUGCUGGGCCAACACGGAGAUCCAGUCUGCGGGCCGGAUCCAGGAGCAGGGCGUCUGCUACACACUCACAGUCAAAACUAAACAGGACUUGAACCGGGAGGUCGUCAAGGCAGACAGUGCGACCACCAGGAUCCCUGAGCUGGACUUUGAAAUCCCUCCAUUCACCCAGAAAGGGGCGCUGUCGACCAUCGAGGGCCUCCUGGACCGGGCGGCCGCAGGGCUGGAGCAGGACCAGCCGGUCCGGCGGGCCGCUGCCCCUGAGGUGGCCGACAAGAUCGACGAGUUCAUCCGGAAGCUGAAGAAGUUAAAAGACGUGGAGGAUGAAUUCACGCUGGUGAUUGAGGAUCCGUCUGGCAACAGUUUUGUGGAAAAUCCAGCGGCCCCCCUGAAGGACGAAGCCCUCACCGUUUCCUGGUUCAAACGCUCGGUGCAGCAGGACAUCCAGCUGGGGCUGAGGGCCGACGAGGACGAAGAGGAGGAGCCGGUUGGUAAUGACAUUGACACCAUGAGGGACGAGGUGUUGGCGUUCAACACCAACUGCCCUGAGUGCAAUGCGCCGGCCUCCACCAACAUGAAGCUGGUCCAGAUCCCGCACUUCAAGGAGGUCAUCAUCAUGGCAACGACCUGCGACAGCUGCGGCCACCGGACCAACGAGGUGAAGUCGGGCGGAGCCACCGAGGAAAUGGGCACCAAGAUCACCCUGCGCAUCACCGACGUGUCGGACAUGACUCGGGACGUCCUCAAGUCCGAGACCUGCGGCAUCCUCAUUCCAGAGCUGGAGUUCGAGCUGGGGAUGGCGGCCGUCGGGGGGAAGUUCACCACCCUGGAGGGGCUCCUGAAAGACAUCAAAGACCUCACGGUGUCCAGAAACCCCUUCGUGUGCGGGGACAGCAGCACCUCAGACCGGUUGGAGAAGCUGCAUGCGUUCGGGGAGAAGCUAGACAAGAUCAUCGACGGAGAGAUGGUUGUCAACUUCGUCCUGGACGACCCCGCAGGGAACAGCUACCUGCAGAACGUGUACGCUCCGGAUCCGGAUCCUGAGAUGACUACUGAGAAGUACGUCCGCUCGUUCCAGCAGAACGAAGACCUCGGUCUGAACGACAUGAAGACCGAGGGAUACCAGGAGGAGAAAUGAACUGAAAGGACUAAAUGAGCUGAUGAUGUCGCAUCGAAAAACACACCCGGUGUUUUCUUAAACCGCUCCAUAUUUUCAUCCAUUUUCACACAUUAAGUUAAACUUUGAUUGAAUGGUUGUUUCCAUCAGUAUAUUGAUAAGGGAGAGGAAUUCUAAGUUGUCUAAAAGUGAGUAAGUGAACACUAGUGGCAUGUUUGUAAAAACACAUGUAUGCUGCUGCUGUUAAUAAAGAUAAAUCUAUAUCUAA